UGAGCUGUACGAAACUAACCCAGGUCCCUACUGUCCCUGAGUCCCGGCCGCCCUCCCUCCGUCGCCCGCUUCCUGAACCAGUCAUGCUGGAGCAUCUGAGCUCGCUGCCCACGCAGAUGGAUUACAAGGGCCAGAAGCUAGCUGAACAGAUGUUUCAGGGAAUUAUUCUUUUUUCUGCAAUAGUUGGAUUUAUCUACGGGUACGUGGCUGAACAGUUCGGGUGGACUGUCUAUAUAGUUAUGGCGGGAUUUGCCUUUUCGUGCUUGCUGACACUUCCUCCGUGGCCCAUUUAUCGCCGGCACCCCCUCAAGUGGUUACCUGUUCAAGACUCAGGCACAGAAGACAAGAAGCCAGGGGAAAGAAAAAUUAAGAGGCAUGCUAAAAAUAACUGAUUCUGGAUUUCAUGAUUCAGCUUUACUACUGCACUUGCUUUUGUUUUGUGUGAGAUGAGCUACCUUGUUUUCUUAACCAAAACAUGAGCUAAAAAUAACACCUGUGCUCAGUUAUGUAUAGGUUUUGUUCUCUAUAUUUCACUUCUCAGUAGGUUUUGAUUUAUAAAUAUUUGAGACCUCUUCACAGUCUUCUCUGAAUGGAGAACAGAAAACAGAAGUAUGCAGAGUUUCUUUCAGGUCUACAAAAUAAUGAAGAAUAAAAGCCUCAUAAAUGAUAGUUCAAUUUAACUAUCAAAGUUUUGUAAUUCAUUAUGAGUAGUCAGGCUGUUUUAAUGUUUUCAAUUAAAACUCAAGAGUACAA